UUGUGGUGUAAUGGUUAGUGUUCUUGACUGCUCCUUAUUUGGGGUCGCGGUUUGAAUCCUUUUGGAAAGAAAUGGUUUCUUCUCUCUUCCAUUAUUGGAAGAUUUGCCCAACCCAAUGCCGUUACCUAUCCGGGUUGAGACAUUUUGACAAGCCAUUGAGAACAUUAGCAACUCCAAUUGAAGGAAAAAUGCCAAAAAUAUGUGGAUUGGAUGAGGCUGUCAAGGAAAUUAAAUCCGGAGAAACCAUUUACCUUCACCAUGCUGUUUCUAUGCCCAUUGAUUUGUGCAAAGCUUUGGGUAGGCAUGUACUCAAAAAUGGAUUGACUGACAUUAAAGUUGUACAUGCAAUGACUUGUGGGGAGUUGCCUUGGCUAAAGGAAGAAUUUAAUGGAAAAAUAAGAAGUAAAACUAUCUUUAUAUGUAACAAUAUGCGUCCACUGGUAAAUAAAGGUCUAGCUGAUUAUAUUCCCCUUUUUCUCUCCGAUUCUGCUCGUCUCUUUGAUGAAAAAGCAAUACCUGUAGAUACUGCAUUGUUGAAUUUAUCACCUCCAGAUAAACACGGUUAUUGUUCUUUGGGUGUUAAUGUGGAUUUAUCCAGUCCAGCCGCCAGAAACGCCAAAAAAAUAAUAGCCACAAUAAACACUUCUCAACCAAAAACUUUUGGAGAUUCAGAAAUUCAUUUAUCACAAAUUGACUAUUUAGUUGAACAUUCUAUCAAUACAACACCAAUUUUUGAAUUACCAGCAAUUGAAUCGAAUGACCAGGAAAGAUUAAUUGGAAAAUGGAUAGCUGAAAAUUUAGUUGAUAAUGGGGCGACUUUACAAAUGGGAAUAGGUUCAAUCCCGAACAACGUUUUAGAUCAAUUAAAACAACACAAAAAUUUGGGUAUUCACACAGAAAUGAUAAGUGAUGGAAUUGUAGAUUUAUUAAAAUUGGGAGUAAUUAAUAACAGUCAAAAAACAAUGUAUCCAGGCAGAAUAGUUACUUGCUUUGCUAUGGGGUCUAAAGAAUUUUAUGAAAUUUUGGAUGGAAAUCCUUUAUUUUUAUUUGGAAGUGCUGGAUUCACCAAUUCAAUUACGACUAUUAUCCAACAAAGUAAAAUGACCGCAAUAAAUUCAGCUAUAGAAGUAGAUUUAACUGGGCAAGUAGUUUCUGAUACUAUUGGAAAAAGGUUUUAUUCUGGUUUUGGUGGCCAAGUCGAUUUUAUUUUUGGAUCAUCCGUAGCUUUGGAUGGUCUUGGAAAAGCCAUAAUCGCCCUUCCUUCAAGAACAUCUAAAGGAGAACCUAAAAUUGUUCCUCAUGUAAAAGAGGGGGCUGGAGUUGUUACAACUAAAGGACACUGUAAUUAUGUAGUAACAGAAUAUGGAAUAGCUAGUUUGUGGGGAAAAACAGUCCGUCAACGUGCCUAUGAAUUAAUUCAAAUAUCACAUCCUGACGAUAGGGAAAUGCUUGAAAAAGAAGCCUUUAAACGGUUUGGGUUUAUUCCAACAAAAGAAGAUUAA